UGUUCUCUAAUUUGUGUUUAAACCAGAUCGAGUGAAGGCUGAAAUGGACCUGAAAGAGCUGAGCGAGACGGUGCAGCAACAGCAGCAGCAGCAGCAGCAAGCAGCCCCGGCUACUGUCACCACUCCAAAGAGGCCCCUCAGGAGCCUGGACAAGACCAUUGAAAGCUGCAAGGCACAGCUUGGCAUUAAUGAGAUUUCUGAAGAUGUGUAUAAAGACGUGGACCACAGUGACUCUGAGGACUCUGAGAAAUCCGACUCCAGCGACAGCGAAUACCUCAGCGAUGAAGAGCAUCGGUCAAAGAAUUCUGCUCAGGAUGAAAAGGAUAAGGCAGAAAGAAAAAGGUCAAAGGCGAGCACUGAGGGAGAAGGGAAGGAGGGAGUUACAGUGACGGGGGACAAAGCUGCAGCCGCAGAGGCUUCACUCAAGGAAAAGACUGGCAACGGCCCAGAAAGGGACCUACAGGACAAACCCAGGACACCUCAGUCCCAGCCAGUCAAUGAGAAGCCUAAAGCAACAGAGGAGGGCAAAACAGCAGCUGCUGCAUCAGCUGAACAGGACUCUGAUUCUGAGAGAGAGCUCGUCAUUGAUCUGGGGGACGAACAUGGAGGACGGGACUCAAAGAGGUCUAGAAGAGACACAAGCUCUUCAGCUGCAAAACCUGUCAAGGAGCCCAAUGCUGCCAAAGUGGAAGGUGAGGCUUUGGAGUUCACUUCAUGGUUUUACUCUGUUUAGAAUAUCAACCUCACA